AUGUCGCUGCCAGGAACAUUCAAAAAAUUACUUGCUUUGGCCGGCGGAACGACAGCUGCCGUUUUUUCCGUCAACUACACGGGACAACUGUACAAAAUGAAUUAUCAAAUUGAUGAGGCCGAUGCAUUUACAAUACGACAGGUCAACAAAGCUUAUGCUGAACUUCAAAAGGUAAACAGCGUGAUUUUCGUGGUGUACCGUUGGAAUGAGUGGAAAUUACUCAUAUCCGAGUAG